AUGGUCUCGACAUUAGCGCUAGCCGGAGGUUCCGGGUUGACCACUCUGUCUGCGGUGGGACUGUAUAUGCUUCUCACAGGCAAUGGGGAGAGCUUCAACAUCGGAGCGUUCCUCGAAGAGACGUCGCCCUACGCAUGGGCGAUGAUCGGAAUCGGUCUCUGCAUCGGCCUCUCCGUCGUCGGUGCCGGUUGGGGCAUCUUUAUCACGGGCGCAUCCAUCUUGGGUGCAGGUGUAAGAGCCCCGCGCAUCACCACCAAGAACCUUGUCUCAAUCAUCUUCUGCGAAGUCGUUGCGAUCUACGGCGUCAUCAUGGCCAUCGUCUUCUCCGCCAAGAUCACAGGCAACUUGGAAGCAGGAACAGACGGCCUCUGGUCGCCCGACAACUACCUCACGGGGCAUGUGCUGUUCUGGGGCGGAUUGACCGUGGGCAUGUGCAACCUGUGCUGCGGUGUUGCGGUCGGCAUCACGGGCAGUAACGCGGCUGUGGCGGAUGCGGCCGACCCGCAGCUGUUUGUCAAGAUCUUGAUCGUCGAGGUGUUUAGCUCGAUCUUGGGGUUGUUCGGGUUGAUUGUCGGGCUGAUCAUGACGGGAAGUGCUAAGGAGUUUCAGUGA